ACUGUCAGCUUUUCAGCCAGUACCAGGAAGUUCCCUUAAUAAAGGGACAGCAGAGACUGAUACAUUGUAUCUGCUUAGGUUUCUGAUCUGUAGCAAGUACAGUAUCCCAGCAGGGUGAAGAAUGGGCUUUGCUGAAGACAAGUUGAAGGACUACCUCUUUGCAAACAUUCGCAGUCUGUACAUUAUAACAUUAGAAGAAAUAUUGUCACAUUUACCAUGCCUCACCACUGCCACUCAGGAGCAAUUAAGGCAAACGUCCCAACACAGAGGCAAUCAAAAUGCAAUAUGGGAAUUUAUGAAUGCCUUAACAAAAAGGGACGGAUGGGCGGGAGAGCUUCUGAACGCCCUGAGAGAGUGCAAGCAUUACGGGCUAGCGACUCAGCUGGAGGAAGAAUACAAUAAACAUGUUAUAAAACGUCCUUCACAACAAUAUCCAUCUGCAUCAGGAAGGAAUGGUCUGACCAACGCAGAUAUAGAUAAUGGCAACAAUCAACAACCAGCUUCUCUGCCUCGUGCUGAAGCUUUGCCAAUGCCAAGCCAUGAUAAUUCAAGUGUUAAUUCCAGAAUUGACUCCAAUCGACUGCAGCUUCAAUCAAAUUACUUGCCGGCUGAUACCACUCUGCUGCCACAUCAACAGCACCAGACGUUGCCACCACAAUACAAUAUCCAGCCACCAGCAAAUCCUCUUCCUCCAUUACGGCCAUUAAAAGAAAUACAGCCCCAUCCUCAGAUUAGGAUUGAUCUUCCCCAAAUCCAACAAGAAACUGUGCCUCUUGCCCAUACGGAGGCUGAAACUCCACAGUUCCACCCUAGUUAUAGUAGCACAGACUCUAUGGCUAGCAUCCAUUCUGAUGUACCAUCAUCAUCAUCAUCAUCAUCAUCAUCCCUACAACAAAAUUACUCUAUAGAAAAUUCUGUAAAAACUCCCAUACCUGAAACCUUUCCCUAUGAUACAAUUGAUCCACUAAAUGAGGUAACAAAGUCACCUGUCCAGAUCUCAUCAGUAUCAGCUGCUUCUUAUGAUCCUUGCCCACCAAUGUCCACUCCAAACAAAACAUUCUCUUCAGUGACCCCAGGGGAUUAUCUGAAAACACAGGUGUCUGACUCUCCUCCUUUAAACGCCACAUCUUCUCCCUCGGCCUUGAAUUUAGAUCGACCUCUGUCUAGUACCCCAAGGGACCCUGAUGUACGACAGAAACAGCCGCAGAGGACAACAAAUUCACCGGAUGCAAUUCACUCUGCCAGUGCUGCAAGUCACAAUGAUGUUAUAAGGGUGUCCAACAAUCGUCCAUUAAACACUGCUUCACCCCCUGCUGCCAGAAAUUCGGACCACACCUUGACCAGCACCCCAAGAGAACCUUAUGUGCAACUGGUGUCACCAUUAAACUCCACAUCUUCUUCCUCCUCCCAGAAUUUAGACCAACCCCUAGUUAGCACCCCAAGGGAGCCUGAUGUACGACAGAAAAAUUUUCAGAGUCCCAGGGGUUUACCGGACACAAUUUUGGACUCUGCUAGUGAUGCAAGUUGCCGUGAUGUUUCAAGGGGGGAAAUAACUGAAUCUUUACCCACAAGGGCACUUUCACAUCUUUCAAGACAGUCAGAGGUUGCUGAAAAUCCUGGUGUACCAGUUUCAUCAGUGAGGCCACUAAAUCGCCCUGACAAUGGAAACGAAGAAGACAUGGUGCUGAGCAAACCAGGAGAACUAGUGUUCUUGCUAGAAAACCAAAACACCCAGGCAGGCGUUUCGGCGGUGACUGAAUCCUUGUCUUUCAACCACGACUUUCUUUUUAGCUCAGAGUCGUCACAAAAUUUGCAGAUAAGUCGUUCCCUGGAGAGAAAUCUGCAGCGUACUCAAGAUAUCAAUGCCAACAGAAGGGAUUUUGAGGGUCAACCAGCACAAAGCCAAAGAGACAGCUAUCAGUCUCAGCUGAACAGCCCAUCAAGCAGGGGAGAUAAUGGCAGGGAUGCAUCCACUACAAUUAGAGUUCAACCAGAAGAGAAUGAUAUGCCUUAUGGUAAUUCACUGGGCUCCAGAAAUGAUGCGUAUAAUCUUCCGUAUGUACAUAAUCAUUGGCUACGCCAGACAUCACAACAGCCGGAGGAGACCAGUGACGCGGAGAAUACAGAUGUAAGGAAUUUCAGUAUUACCGUGAGGAAAGAUGCCAGCUUAGAUCUGAUGGCACCCAACACCAAUGCUCCUCUGAAGAGAAUGCCAUCUCCAGCUAGGGGGCCACAGCCAGAGCACAGUGGCAACAGCCAAGACCUAGGCAAAGUAUCCAAGGAAACAGAUAGAGACAGCAAAUUGCUACUUACAGCUCUCGCCGUUGUCGGUGUUUCCCUUACCUUGCUCCUGUUAUGGAGAAGAGUUAGAAAAUGAUUCACCAAAAAUAUAAUAGCACUUAUAAUAUAAUAUGCACUAUUAGAAAAUAAAAAUAAAUACAAGUAUGCAGAAAAUUUCCAGCCUCUGCUUACAGUAUACUUUCAUUUAUUAAUGUAUAUCAAGGGGGAACAACACUGCUUUACAAUGAAUUAUAUUUGCCCAUUACUAUAGUCAACCUCCAGCAUGCUUUGGGUGAGUGCCAGUGGAAUCAGUGAUAACCAUGGCAGCUUUUACAAAGGCUGCAACUACAUUGAGAAUCAUACAAAACAAGGGACACUCCUUUGAAGAUAACAAUGUCCAUAUUUUGGAUAAAGAGGACCACUGGUCUGAACAAGGUGUGAAAGGAUUCAUAUCAAGGUGGAGAAACCAUCCCUAAACAGAGGAGGGGGUCUUUAACACCACAUGUCUGCUACAUACAAUGCUGUUCUUAAAUCUGUACCCCGGCGGUUUCAGAACACUUCACACAUCCGUUCAUGCAACUCUCACAAGUAACACCUGGUUCUAGACGUUGCAUGAUACCUUGGCAAUCCUAUCACAGUAACUACACAGCAUGCGCACCUCUGUGAGUUUCAACUGUCACCUCUCUGAAAAGCUACAAAUGGCCAUUGUGAUUGGAUUAGAGGACAAAUUUAGAGUUUAUAUGCUGAGGAUUUCCCAUACCAGUCAUUUGAACUGA